AUGCAGCCGCGGUUGGCGCUCGCCGGAUCUCGCCCUUCGGAGAGCGCAGAAAGGUGUCACCAUCUAGCAGCCUGCGGAUUUGGCGUCACCGACGAAGCGGAACUCAGCUGGUAUCCGGAAGCCUUCAGCCUGACCCUCGGAACCUUCAUCCUUCCCGCUGGCCGGCUCGGUGAUGUGUACGGUCACAAAAACAUGUACAUGUUGGAUUUCUGUGGUACGCCGUCUGGUCGGUCGUUCCAGGGCAUCGGAUGUGCACUGCUCGUCCCCAAUGCGCUGGCCAUCGUGGGCAAAACGUACGGAGCCAGUCCAAAGAAGAACAUGGUCUUUGCACUCUUCGGCGCAGCAGCACCAACGGGCUGGGUCGCAGGAGCAGUUUUCUCAUCCAUCCUAGCCCAGCUGGGGUGGUGGCCUUGGGCAUUCUUCGCUCUGGCAAUCACCUGCAUCUUCUAUAAAGACUUUGACGCUCUGGGACGCGCAACCGGCGUCAGCGGCCUGGUGCUAUUCAACUUCGCAUGGAAUCAAGCAGCAGUCGUGGGCUGGUCCACCGUCUACACCUACGUCCUGCUCAUCGUUGGCAUCUUACUACUAGCAGCCUUUGCCGUUGUCGAGAUCAAAAUUUCAUUGUACCCUCUUGUACCCCUCCGCGGCUUCAAGGGCGAAGCAGCGUUGGCGCUGGGUGUGAUUGCGGCCGGCUGGGGUUCCUUCGGCAUCUGGGUCUUCUACCUCUGGAGACUCAUUGAAAACCUGCUCUCCGGUCUCCUCGCUGCCGUGACGACCGGCUUCCUGCUCUCCUGCGUCAAGGUCCCCUACGUCCUCCUACUGGCCACCCUCUUCUUCCUGACUGGCCAGAUCCUCAUCGCCACCGUUCCAGUCGAGCAGACAUACUUCGUCUCCAUCAUCGUCAUGCCAUGGAGUAUGGACUUGAGCUUUCCUAGCGGCACCAUCAUCUUGAGCAAAGGUACUCCAGCGCACGAUCAAUGGAUUGCGGCAUCGCUCAUCAACACCACCGUCAACCACAGCAUCUCGUUGGGGCUGGGUAUUGCCAGAACCAUCAUCCGGGACGUGAGUGAGUCUGGUGGGAGCACAUUGGAUGGAUACCGCGGCGCAUGGUAUUUCGGGAUCGGGUAG